CUCACAGCUUGUGCUUUUCAAAUCACGCUGCGAACUGAAAGGCCUCUUUGAGAGCCUGGUACUUUCGCCUAGGACCUUGUUCUAGAAAAAAGUACAGCCAUGGCUGGUGCGUGGCAGUUGGUGUUCCUCUGUGUUGCCGUAGGCUGCUGGGCCUCUCCCGAGGAGGGUUUCAAGGCCCCCAACCCGUCUGGCAGUGUUCACUUCGCCGAGAACUUCCAGGAUGCCGACGCAGGCUCCCUUCCAUCCGGAUGGGUCAAGUCUGCAGCAAUGAAGGACGGUGCUGAUGCUGACAUUGCUAAAUACGACGGUGAAUGGAGCGUGGAAUCUGCAGAGCAGAACUCCCUUGAAACUGAUGUCGGUCUCGUUCUGAAGGACAAGGCAAAGCACGCAGCUGUCUCCGCUCCUCUGGCUACCACAUUCGAAUUCACGGACAAGCCGCUGGUCUUUCAAUAUGAUUUGAAGCUGCAGCAGGGCAUGGAUUGCGGUGGUUCUUACAUCAAACUGCUUUCACACUCGGAUUCUCUGGAUUUGGCCCAAGUCACCGACAAGACUCCAUACACCAUCAUGUUUGGACCAGACUCAUGCGGCACGGAGAACAAGCUGCACUUCAUCUUCCGCCACAAGAGCCCCAAGACUGGCGAAUUUGAGGAGAAGCAUGCUGAUCUGUCGUCGGUGACUCUGCCCGAUGUCAAGGACAAGAAGACCCAUCUUCUGCGUCUCGUUGUGCGUCCGGACAACACCUUCACCAUCUCCAUCGACAGGGUCGUGCUGAAGUCUGGAAGCCUCCUGGAGGACAUGAGGCCUGCUGUGAACCCGCCAGCAGAGAUUGACGACCCCGAGGACAAACGCCCCGAGGACUGGGACGACAAGGAGAAGAUCCCCGACCCGGAGGCGAGCAAGCCGGACGACUGGGACGAGGAUGCGCCCUCUCACAUUCCCGACGACGAUGCCAGCAUGCCAAGCGACUGGCUGGUGGAGGAGCCGCAGUACGUGGAGGAUCCCGAGGCAGACAAGCCUGAAGAUUGGGAUGUUGACGAGGACGGUGAAUACGAAGCUCCUAAAAUUGACAAUCCCAAGUGUGCCAAGAUUAGUGGCUGUGGCCCCUGGACCCGUCCCACCAAGGUGAACCCUGCCUACAAGGGCAAGUGGCGUGCUCCCAUGAUUGAUAACCCAAACUACCAGGGCAUCUGGAAGCCGAAGAAGAUUGCCAACCCAGAUUUCUUUGAAGAUUUGGAGCCAUUCAAGAUGAGCAGCAUUGGUGCCAUCGGUGUUGAGCUGUGGACCAUGACGGCUGGUCAGCUGUUUGACAAUAUCAUCCUGACCGACGACGAAGCCGUUGCUGAUCAGUAUGCUGCUGAUAGCUUUGAUGCCAAGACUGCUGCAGAAGCACCUGUCUCGACCGCACAUGGACUGCUAACAUCCUUGAUGUCUUCAGCUGAGGAGCGGCCAUGGCUGUGGGCUGUCUACGCUAUUGUCAUCGUCGUUCUUCCCGUCGUCCUGAUUGUUGGCUGCUGCCUGCCAAGCAAGAAGGAUGAUGGUGAAGCUGACCGGCGUGCUCGUGCCAAGAAGACUGAUGAGCACCAGCCAGACGAUCCGGCACCAGCCAACGUAGAAGAAGAGGUGGACAGCGACGAAGAAGCAGCAGAGGAUGAAGUUGUAGAGGAGGAAGUACCCGUAAAGAAGGCAUCGCCAGCACCAGCAAAGGCUUCGCCGGCACCAGCAAAGGCAUCGCCGGCACCAGCAAAGGCAUCGCCCGCACCAGCAAAGGCAUCGCCAGCACCAGCAAAGGCUUCUCCUUCAAGAAAGGGCAAGAAGGCCGAUGUCAAAGUUGUUCCUGAACCGGAGGUAGAGCCGCCGCGCGUGGCAGCUCUAGAGCCGGAACCAGAAAUAGCGUCUGCGCCGUCAGCAUCGGCUGCAGCAUCAGCAGAGCAGGAGCUUGGCUUGCCCGAUGCAGCAGAAGAUGAACCUAGGCGAUCACCUCGCAAGCCGACGAAGAAGAAGGUGCGCCGUGAGAAUUAGGUGCAGUGCACUUGAUCUCACUAAUUCAAUUUAGCCAUCUUUUUUUUUCUUUUUCGAAUUCUAUGAUCAAACGGCGCUCCCGGGACGAAGCCCUGACACCCACCCACCACCACCCACUUGUACUCUUUUUUUAGUACAUGUUUGCUCCUAGUGCAUCACGUGUGCUGAGACGCGUGGACGAGCAGACACGUGCGAGUGCAGGCCCGUGCCCUUUGUGUUGUCCCGUCCGUUUGCCCGGCUUGCCUCUCGCCGGACAGUGUACCUGUGCACCUCUCCGCGCUAUGCUGUUUUUGUUGUGGCGACCUGCUGCAGUGCCUGUCAGCGAUAACCAACGUGCGUUAUUUUAAUCGCUGCGCUGUUACUUUGUAAUUCUAUAUACGUCUCAGAGUACAUGUACUGUGUUUUGCUCGAUGCAGACAGUGAUUUAUCAAAAUAUGCAAUCAUUGCAAUGCCUACACUACAGUCCAUCCAUCCCAAACUGG